GAACGCGUCUUCUUUAUGCCCCGCGCUGGCGGACGGAGAACCGCUUUGUGCCUCGAUCGAUCCAUUUGAACGGAACCGUUUUGCUGUGUCCUACAUUGACAGACUUGGCACAUGGACCAUUUGGGCUCUUUGGAAGUCAGGUGGGUGCAGGGCUUUACCGGUCCCAAUGUGCACUUUGUGGACAAGAAGACGGUGUGCUACACCAGCGGGAACUUUGUGGUCUUCGCCGACCUGGAGACCAACAAGAGAAGGACGCUCCAGGGCCCGGGCCGCAGCAUCGGGGUGCUGGCCGCUAGCGCCCCCUGCAGAGUGCUGGCCUUCUCGGAACCCAAGCUGGAGCCGAGCAUCUUCGUGUACAGCUACCCGGCGCUGGCGCUCAGGAGCCAGCUGAGAGGCACGGCUAAGCUGGACUACACGUGUGUGGCGCUCAGCGGCACCGGGCCCUAUCUGGCCUGCUGUUCCUCCACGCCGGACCCGACCCUGUCCGUAUGGAACUGGGAGACUGAAGCCAUAAUAUGCAGAAAGGCGCUGGAUGGAAGAGAGGUCACCGGUUUGACCUUUAACCCUCUCAACUGGCAGCAAAUGUGUGCAGUCAGAGCGUCGUGCAUCACAGUUUGGAAUAUCGAAAAAUGUGAAAAUCUGCAGAUUAUCAAGUCGAGCGUGAUCGACCUCCCAGCGACAGAGAGCCAGGUGAAGGGAAGCGCUGGCGUCUCCUGCCAGGGUUCCGAGGGGAGCUUCACGUAUUUGGGGCCCCAGAUGUCAGUAUCGGCCAUCACCGGCCUUGUCGGGGAAGAAGCUGUGAGCUUUAUGGCCAAGAGGAAAGCGAAAGGGCGCCUUUGCGGUAGCGCCCUCUGCUGGACAGCCGCGUCGCAGCUCUACGUGGGGUGCAAGGAGGGCCACCUGCUGCAGGUCGACCUGGACUCUCAAAGCGUCUCCGUUCUGUCCGACCCCAGAGCAGCUGUAAAGAAGGAAUCGCAGCUGCGCGCAGGGAGUCUUUGCAGCCUGGCGCUGAGCAGAGAUGCCCUGUUUGCUGCAGGAGAAGACCGGGUUUUACGCUGCUUACACAUUAAAGGCUCAAAAGUGGAGGUGAAGAAGCUCUCUGAGCUGGAGGAGCCCAUCACCGACAUGUGCUUCUCGCCAGAGUGCGACACGCUACUCUUGUCCUCGUGCGGGGGCCACGUGUUCAGGUACCGCCCGCUGCAGUCUGACAGGGUGGUGCGAGUUCCGGACGUCGUCACGGGGCGCUUUGUGGCAGCGGUGCCGCUCGCCAUUGACAGCAGCUUCUGUGUGUCGGUGCAGGACAACGGGGAGCUCCAGCUGCGGUCUAUGGACACUGGCUCUUGUGUCAGGUCCCUGUCUCUCAGUGUUCAGGUGAGCAGCCUGGCGAGCUGCCCGAGUGCCCUGUAUGUGGCCGUGGGCACUGCCGCUGGACACGUCUUCUUUGUGGACUUGACGCAGAAGCUGCAACCCCGUGUGGUCCACCAGCAGCGGCUUCACCACGUUGCCAUCGAGCACCUGGCUUUCGACCAAAGAGGAAACGUCCUGCUUGCCGGAGCCUCCGAUUCCCUCGUCUUCAUCUUGGACGCGAGGCCAUCCAGAGUGUUCGAGAUAAUUGGAUACACAGAGGCGUGUGGCGCCGUGCUGGCCAUGUCCACUCGCUGCUCCGAGGGCAAUGCAGGCGUGCGUGUGCUGCUCCUGUGCUCGGCCAAGGAGGGCUGUCGGCUCGAGGCGUUGGACCUGCCCCUGCAGCAGCUCACAGGGGGCCAAGGCUGCGCAGACCCGCAGGGACGCCUCCCGGAUGCCCUCCUGCACAAGCAGAAGUUUGACGUCGCCGAGCCGCUCAGCUCUGCCGUCUUGGGACCUGAUGGCACCGUUUUCAGCUACUGCGCUGGGAGGAAGAGCCUGCAGAUGUUCACACUGCCAGAGAGUGCGGAGCCUUGGACUGCAGACGAGCUCGUCCACCUGGAGCCCGACCAGGAGGCAGACAGCCACCCGCUGAGCCCCGCCGCCGUGAUCCUGUCGCCCCACCACUGCUGGUUGGCGUCCGCGGGGAAGGAUGGGGAGCUGCGCGUGUGCGACACCUCCAGCAUGGAGCGCUACCUGCAGACGCAGUGUCAUUCCUGCUGGUUGGGAGGAGCGCGCACCGUGUCCUUCUCCACAGACGGCCGCUCCCUGGUGACCAUCGGCUCGCAGGACAAGUCCCUGGUGUGCGCGUGCCUCAGGAUGAAAGCCGCCGGUGCCGGCGAGGUAAGCGCGGCCGCUGUGUACGGUCAGGGGCUCGCAGCGGCGCUCAAACCCUCGCUGGUGGCAGAGAACCCCGUCCUCAGCCGCAUGCCCGUGUGGGACCCCAAGACCUCUGCGCUUGCGUCAAGAGCGCCCCGGCAUGGAGGGAAGGCGAGUGACAGGAGCCGUGGUCUGGAGCUCGUGGAGCAGGAUGACGGGCAGGAGCACCGCAGCGACACUUGGCUGGACCGCAAGGUGCAGGAGGUCCUCCAAAAAGAGAGAGAGCACUUUUCCGAAGAAAGGAAGAACCUUCAGAAAGCCAUCAGGGAGCUGCGAAACACGGUCCAGGCCAUGAUGAGAGAGAACGAGUUGCUGCCAGACAUAGAGAAGCUGGAGCACCUGGAGUUCAACCUGAAUGUGGAGGAACAGAUGCGGCUGCAGGCCGAAGGAGAAGAAGAGGUUGCCAGGGUGCGGAAUGAGAUUGAGCUGGAGAACCUUGCCAAGGCGUACCUACGUGAGGUCCUCAAACGAGAUUGCUGGGAUUCCAUGAAGGUCAAAGGGCAAGCCAUUAAGGCCUUCCACUCAGACCAUGAGGUGAUGAACUACCCCAUGAAGGAACGCACAGAGAAGGAGCUGGAAAACCUCCAGAGGGUGCAGAGGAUGCGGGCGAUUGAGCAGAUGGACCACUCUAUCCAGCUCAGCUUCCUGGAGAAGAUGACCAGAUCUGCGGCCGAGAAGGAGGAGGAGCUCGAGGACAAAGACGACGAGGAGAGCGUCGCUCUGGCUGGCAGCCUCAGCGCUCAGUUCGGUGGCCGCAACCCCUACCUCUACAGCCAGUUUGAGCUGUUCAUCCGCGAGCAGAAGGUCCACCAGAUCACACUGCUGCAGGAUGUCAUCUAUGAGGUGAAGAGUGAUUUCAACAAGCAGUUUAAUAGUGUUUUCAAGCAAAAGGAGCAGGAGAUUAGCCGUGUGAAAGAAAGGAACAAGAGAAUAGCAGAAAUCAUGGCGGAGCUUGAUCUCAAGGGGCAGCUGUGGGAACCAACCCUGACGGACAUCGAGAGGCCGGAGAGGGACCUCGUGGUGCUGGAGUCCGAGUUUAAAGUGGAAAAGUAUCUGAGAGCAGAGGAUCGUCUGAAAGAGGAAGCCCUGAAGAAGGCCGAGGAACAGAGGCGGCUAGCUGCCAAGGGUGACAACCUACGAGAGAGAGCCCUUGAUGACAUGAUGGGUGGGGUCCUGGAAGUCAAAAAAGAAGAAAUUUUAAAAAUGGAGAUUCCUCAGCCGGAGUUCAUGACCAAACCAGAAGUUCAGUGGACAGAGGAAGAAAAGAAAAGCUUCAAGGCAUUUGAAAAAAAAGUCAAGGAGCUAAGUGAAGAACAAGAGAAGUACAGGAAGGCCUUGGAAGCAGAAAUGAAAAAACUGCAAACGUCCAAUAAAGAGGCCACCCAGGGCUUCGACCAGGUCCUCAGGAAGCUCUUCGAGAGGAAAGUCAAAACGGAGAUGGUGACGUGCCAGGAGGAGCUCAAGAUCGCCAACCUGGUCUAUUCGAUCCUCAUUGAGGAGGAGAUUUUCAACAGGGAGACAGAGCUGAGCAACAAACUCCAAAAAGCAAGAACCUCGAAGAAUGACUUAGGCGAAGAAGUGAGGGAGUGCAAGGAGAAAGUCAAUGCUUUCAAGGAGACCUAUGACAACAUUGUGGCAGAAGACAAACAGCUUGACAAAAGCUUCAAGAAGGAGUUUUCCGAUGUCCCUCUUCACCUUGUCGACCAGCUGUAUAAGUUGUACAAACGUAGGCCUUGGGUCCAGAGAAUGCGCGUGCAGUCUGGCCGAGCAGCCGGCGAGGGGCUGGACCAGCUGAAGAAGGCCAUCGAGGAGCUCGAUUCCCCAGAGAACAUGCCGGAGGGCCUUGACUCGGCUGCGUGGGAGCGCUUUUGCGUGGCGCGGAGGACCAAGGUGGACUCUGAGCAGAAGGUGAAGCAGAAAGCCCUAAUGCUGGCAGAGAUGCAGGCCUUCCUGCAGAGGAGGAUGGACGAGGACGAGAGGGUCAGACUGGAAGUGAAGAACAUCAUGGAAGAGCUCAGAGACUUCAAUGAAGAGAAGAUGAGGUUCCGGCUGAACAUCAUGGUCCAGAUCCUUAUCAAGCAAGGACAAGUUGAGGUGGAGAAGGGCAAUUUCAUCACAGACUUGUCUGACUCCCUGCUCAUUCACCGCAGGGUGGUGGAAGACCUGAACACGACAAUCAAGACGCUGGGAGAACAGAAGAUCGCCAGGAUGGUGGAGUGCAAGGACUACCGCAAGGGCAUCAUCCAGAUGGAGUGGGAGCGCCGCAGGCUGGCCAUGCUUAAGGAGGACCUUCAGAACAAGGCCCGUGACAUCCAGAGGCUGCGAGUAUCUCAGGAGCAGCAGGAGUACCUGAGUGAAGCAGAUAAUAAAAACCGGACAGCAAAGCAGCUGUCAACUAUGGAGAAGAACAUCACGCUGCAAGAAAAGAUUCACCAGAAGAACGUGAGCAAAGCAAAGAUGGAGAUCCAGAAGCUGAACAAGCAGGCCACACAGUGGGCAGUCAAGAGCCGCAACCUCGACUCACAGCUGGCAAUCAUGAGCAUCGGCGUGGCGGAAAUAAAGAACAUUUACGAAGCCGCAGCUGUGGAGGAGACCCCAGAGAGCAGCGCAGACCGGCGCUACCAGGACAUUCUGCAGAGGAAGCGGCUGGUGAUGCUGAGCCAGGCCCAGAGCCAGGAGCUGAGCGUCCUGAGGGCCGAGGUGGAGCGCCUCAGGAUGAAGAACUUCCCUGCUCUUGUGGAUCCUGACCAGUGAGGAGCACAGCGAGUUCACGCCAC